ACUAACAGUGUGAAGUUACGCGCGCGGAUGGCACUGAUGUGAAAGGUUUAUUCUGAUGGCUGCAACUGAACCAAGGAGCAAAUGUUUAUUUCGUAGAUUCAUUUUCUUUUGUUUUUAAAUUGAUUCAUUUCGACAAGUUCUAGGAAGCCGUUUGGGAAAGUGGGAAAUACAAUGAUAUGUGUAAAUGGUUUUGGCAACGCAUCUUUUAGCAAAGACCACUCCAAUGUUAACUCUACAGUCAACAAAGCAGCCCCAUACAUCGACAAAUGGAGCAACUACAAUUUCUGGACUGGCUUAAUGCUGGCCAUACUCUCAGCUUUCUUGAUAGGAGGAAGUGUUAUUCUAAAAAAGAAGGCACUGCUGCGUCUGGCCAAGACCGGGGAGACGAGGGCAGCUGAGGGAGGCCAUGGGUACCUCAAGGACUGGCUAUGGUGGGGUGGCCUUUUGACCAUGGGUGGAGGUGAGGCAGCAAACUUCGCAGCAUACAUGUUUGCUCCAGCCACAGUGGUGACACCAUUAGGUGCUCUUAGUGUUCUUAUCAGUGCAGUGCUGACCUCUCACUUGUUUGGAGAAAUGAUGAACCUCCUGGGAAAACUUGGCUGUAUGCUCAGCAUACUGGGAAGUACUAUUAUGGUUAUACAUGCACCUGAAGAGGAAGAGGUGACAACUCUUAGAGACAUGACAUACAAAUUUCUGGACCCUGGUUUUCUGGUGUUUGCCAGCAUCCUGCUUGUAGCUUGCAUGAUCCUCAUCUUCCACUUCUCUCCUCGCUUUGGUCAAACCAACAUCUUAAUUUACAUCAUUAUCUGCUCUUUGCUUGGAGCAUUUACCGUGUCCUCAGUCAAGGGCCUUGGCAUUGCAAUCCGCACCGCCUUCUUUGACCAUUCUGUGGUCUGUCACCCUCUAACCUGGAUCCUUUUGCUAACCUUAAUUGGAUCCAUCAUCAUCCAGGUCAACUAUCUGAACAAGUCACUGGACACCUUCAAUACGCUCCUGGUCUACCCCAUCUACUACGUCUUCUUCACUACCGUGGUCCUGAGCACCUCCAUAAUUCUGUUUAAAGAGUGGAGAGCCAUGUCAGGUGUGGAUGUGGUGGGCACUGUUGGGGGCUUCUUGGUGAUAGUGAUAGGGGUGAGCAUGCUGCACCUCUUCAAAGACUUGGAUGUCAGCUUUGAAGAUCUGAGAAGCAACCUCUGUCAGCCACUUGGUCAGGAGAGCCCAUCAAAGAGGGAGGACAAGCACAUCCUCAUUGAGAACAUAGAGAGCCUGCCGUCCACGAGAGAAGAAGGCCCCAGAGUUUUUAUCAUCAGCUGAGCAGUGCAGCUGUUCAUUGGCAUUUUGUAAAAUAUGGUCUGAAAUUGCAAGCCUCAAUUAUGAAUCUCCAUUUUUUUACUAUCCUAAUUUGUCAUUUCGUCUGCUAAAGGCUGUUGAAUUAUAAGGCAGCAAUUUGUAUUGACUGCUGCUGAUUACCUGUCCUAAUGGGGCAGAAAUGUUCCUAGAAAAUUUAGUUUUUCCUUUGCACAAGUUUGAUGCAUUUUAAUUAGCGGUGUUAUGAAAUACACUUAACCAUAAAAUCUUGACAUGCUAACUUUUGUAAAUACUUAGUUUUAUAUUUAAAACAGAGUUUAUAAGUUUGAAACAGCAUUUACAGUAUGUGAUUAAGCAAAAAUGUAAAUCUUCUGCAGAAAACAAUGCUUUGAACAGAGGUGGAUUUACCACCUCUUCUCUUCAGCCCUUGAAUAAAUUCACUAACAAUUGUUAAUUAAAGUGUUUUAGUCAAGUGCAUUUAUUCUGGUUAUGUUAUAAUUAUGAAUGUUACAGGUAAUUUGUGUAUUUGCCCUCUGAGGUGUGACUGAGUGUCAGGUAGAACAAUGUCAGGAAUGCAGUUAACAGAGCUUUCUCAUUUAGCACGGCUCCCGGUGAACAAAUAUACAUCUGGAUAAGGCCUGAGUCCCAGUGAGUGUGUCUUGACCUUGAGAGAAAAAUGUUGUGUUCUGUCUAAUUAUGUCAUUGCAGGGAUUGUUUGUAGUUUUGAGAAUCAUGUGACUAAGUCAGAGGAACAGGAUGCCAGUUUAUAUAAAGAGAAGAUUCUGACCCAUUUCUGCUUACCAACUUGACUUAGUGUUUUAAAAAUAUAAUCUUUUGUUUGAUUGCAUUCAUGUAGUUAAAAAGAAUGUCAUGUUUGUAAGAUUUCUAGAAUUGUCUGUACUGUUCACCUAUCAGAUCUCCAUACUCAUAAGAGAUGAUGUCAAUUAAUGUGCAUAUGCCUAUAAUUUUGUUUCUGUAAUUUAAGAUAGUUGCAGGUUAGAUCCUCAACUCAUUUUCUGUUUCUGUCUUUUUCCUUUGGAAAUGUGGAGACCUUUGUCUUCAGUAAACUCUCUCUAUUGAUUGAA